UUGAAAGCAUUUCCCGGCCAUCGAAUUCCAAAUUUCGUAAAUCUUUUCCUUUGUUUUUGCCCAGACACCUCUCCAUUUUGGUUGAUCGCUUCAUUUCAAGUCGAUCAGCAAGCGUCAAGCGACCAUGUUUAUCACCCCAACCCUCAACAUCUCAUGUAUAACUUGUAUGAAGGGAAAUCAUCAUGAUGAGGAAGGUAGCAACAAGAAGAAGCAAUCAGGAGGGAAGGAAAACAAUUCGGUAGUGCCGGAACUUUAUGGAGGAAUAACGGGUGGAGGUCCUUGGGAUGAUGGAAUCCAUGACGGCAUCAGAGAGAUCAACCUCGUUUAUGGUAAAUGCAUCGACUCGAUGUGUGUAUUCUACGAUAAAAAUGGUAAGCUUGUCAAAGGCGAAAGGCGAGGAGGUCAUGGCAUGGGCAGUGAACUCAACAAGCCCCUAAGUAAUGCUGAGAUAAAGCUGGAGUACCCUGAGGAGUUUCUGGUGAGUAUCAGUGGAUACUAUUCUGGGGUGAACUGGAUAGUUGGAGAUCCGGUCAUCUUAAGGUCUCUCACAUUUGAGAGCAAUAAACGAACAUUUGGACCAUUUGGAGUUCAAGUUGGGACGCCCUUUAAUUUUAGAGUACAAGAUGGUGAGAAAAUUGUUGGCUUUAAGGGAAGAGAUGGAUGGCACCUAGAUGCAAUUGGGUUUCAUAUAUUAAAACCGCCGGAUCUUUAUGGAGGAACGACCGGAGGAGGUCCUUGGGAUGAUGGAAGCUUUGAUGGGAUCAGAGAAAUCACCCUAGUCUAUGGUCAAUGCAUUGACUCAUUGUGUGUGGUGUAUAAAAAAAAUGGUGAGCUUAUUAUAGGCGACACGCAUGGAGGUCAUGACCAGGGCAGUGAUCUUCAUAAACCUCUGAAUACGGUUCAGAUUAAGUUGGAAUACCCAAAUGAGUUUUUGGUGAGUGUCACCGGACAUUAUUGUGGGGUGACCUGGAUAGUCGGCGCUCCGGUGGUAUUACGGUCACUUGAAUUUAAGAGCAAUAGAAGAACAUUUGGACCAUUUGGAAUACAAGUUGGCACACCCUUUACUUUCAGAGUAAAAGACGGAGAGCAAAUUGUUGGGUUGAAAGGAAGAAAUGGUUGGCACCUAGAUGCAAUUGGGUUCCAUACAUCUCGUGUUCCCGAAAGAGGACUCUUCGUGGGAGUUCGAAAGGGUUUUUGGAAAGCUUAUGAAUCUUUGGUUAAGCUUACUACACGUCUUACAGGUGUUGAGUGUACAUGUAUAAGCUUGUAACAAUCAUUUAGAGUGUGUAGUAAAUGUAUUGUGUCACGAUCCCGAAUUUCGAAUGAUAAAAAUUCGAAUUCGAAGCCAUGAAAACUCUAAAAUAAU